AAUUUGAAACUAUUUGUUAUCGACUAAACAUCGAAUACUACUUUAUUGCAUCUCAUCUCUAACAAUAAAUAAAAACAAUAAAGACAGAACGGCGAAAUGAAGACGUCAUCACCGGCCCUUAAAUUCUUACUGGAAAAGGAUGUGCAGGUGUCGAAGCACUUUGUGGUCGCAGUGUCCAACCUGUCGUUCUUCAAAUCUCUGAAAAUACACAGUCAGUUUCUCGAAAUAUCCUGCCAUGGGGUCGCCUGGUUCGCAUCGUGGUUUGCCUUCAUUUGGCUGCUCAGCUCAAAAGACUUGUAUCAGAUGCAAGUGAAUAUGCUUUUUGGACUAGUACUCGAUGUUGUUGUCGUGGCCGUUUUGAAGGCGCUCGUGCGGCGACGCCGGCCGGUGGCUAGCAAGGAUAUGAUGGCAAUAGGUCCGGACAAGUUCAGUUUUCCCUCCGGUCACGCCUCCCGGGCGUUCUUCGUGCUUCUGUUCUUCGCAAAGCUGUAUCCCCUUCACAUUGUGUUCCUUAUGCCGAUCACUGCUUGGGCUGUUAGUGUGGCGAUCUCGCGACUUAUCCUUCAGCGCCAUUAUGUCCUGGAUAUCUGCGCUGGGGCAAUAACAGGUAUGCUCGAAGCCUUAAUCGUUGGACUCUUCUGGAUCAGCGAGAAGUCCGCCUUUGAUCUCGUUGGCUUUCUUUCUUCGGAAAAUGUGGACAGUGCGGCGGAGUAACCAAAAUUUUGCCAUUGAUUCGUCAGGUGUAGGUGAUAAUUAAAUGACAACUUACUAAUUGAAUUGUGCUCCGUACCAAAAACUUUGUUGAUAUUAAACGCAAAAUAUUUCCCUAUCAAUGGAGAAAACGUU